AUGCCAGCGGAUGUGACGGCUGCUUACCUGGCAGAAGAUCGUAGGCAACCAGCCUUGAUCGGCAUCGUUGUCGUUACGACUCUUUCCUUUAUCGUGGUCAUGGUUCGACUUUAUGUUCGCAAGUUUCUCAUUCGGGAACUGGGAUGGGACGAUUUCUUCAUUCUGCUCGCGCAACUCACAAGCUGGGCAACAAUGGGUCUCUGCAUGAUGAUUCUCCGGUACGGCUCAGGGAAACAUCUCCAGGCACUUCUCAGUCAGCCAACAGAGCUUGUGAAGAUGUACAAAUGGCUCGUCACGACGCAGGUAGUCUACAUGUUCAACCUGUGGCUCUGUCGGGUUUCAGGCCUGGCCUUUUACGCUCGACUCAACCCCAUGCCGCAGUUCAUUUUGUAUCUUCGACUCUCGUUCGCCUUCAUUACCGCCGUGUAUAUUGCACAGACCCUGAUCAUUGCUCUGCAAUGCAUCCCACUCGCCGCUCUCUGGAACGAAGUCGACGGAAAAUGCAUGGGAUCCAAGGCGGUCUUUAUUUCCACGGGUGCGCUUACGAUUGCCUGCGACUCUCUGAUUCUCAUUUUGCCCGUGAAGAUUGUCAUGGGACUUCAGGCGAAGACGGCCCGAAAAUUGGCAUUGCUACUCGUUCUCUGCUUCGGUGUCUUUGCUGUGGUUGCAUCUGUCCUUCGAUUAAUUGCCAUGAUCGUCUCCGUGCAGCACCCCGAUGACGCCACCUGGUACUUCUCCCCUGUGAUUGCAUGGACAUGUGCUGAGAUCAGCGCUGCCAUCAUCGCCCUGUCCCUCCCCGCUCUCCGGGCAAUAUUUGGAUUCUUAAAGGAGAACCGGUCCAAAAAUGCCAGCUACUCGAACGGUUCCGAACCAGUCAGUCUCGAAUCGGUUUCCCGCAAGAAGAACCGGGUCUUCCAUGGUCAUAAUACGUACGAGCACAUGACGGAGAUUGAUGGCGACAGGAGCGCAAGCCAGGAGGCUCUUUGGGAUCAAGAAAAUCACCAAAAAAUUCGCGUCACCGAUACCGUGAGAGUGGAUGUGCGUGAAUAG